CGAAGAUUUCCAAAGAAAGUUGUAGAAAGGAAGGAUACCAUUUGUUUUAUCAAUAGAAAGAAAGAUUCAGCGACGACAUCAUGGAACCACCCGGGGACGUAGUUAGAAAUCGCAAUGUGUCUACUGCUGCAGCUGGUUUAGAAGAUGAAGACGAGGAAGGAGACAGAAGUCUGCGCCUGAACGACUUGCUGGACCAUCCUUGGGUCUCCAGACCGAGUUCGAUUCAUGCGAGAAGCAGCACCACCAUUGUGGAAAAUGACCAUGAAGACGAAAGCGAGGAUCGGCCUGGUCUGGAAGAUAAUAGUACUGUGGAUCUGAGACAACUCUUGUCUCAGAUGGAGUCCAUGAGACGGGAGAUGACCAAGCUCCGGCAGGAAGUGGCGGACCUCAAGAGAGAUCAGAGGCGCCAUUCGUCCACUACUACCUUUGAUGACUGGAUCAAUGCAAGUGCGAUACUACACACAAGCAACAACAAUGGCAGUGACAACAACAGCAACAAUAACCCAAGCCGUCCCAGUGUAAAGAGUUUGCCAGCGGAAUUAUUCUUGACGCAGUUGCGAUCGUCCCUGUCGGCGGGUCUAGAUGUUUUGGAUCCACAACAACAACAGGAACAACAACUGCAGAACAGCAGCAGCAGCACACGGACAUGGGGAAGACUUCAACAGGGAUAUCAAGAGUCUUCUAUCCAUCAUCAUCAUCAUCGCGAAAGAUCAAUACCAGUAACCAGCUCUUUUUCCAGCAAACGAGAUUUGGUCUUUUUGCAUCCGGAGGAAGUGGGAGAACGAGAUUUUACCAUUGAAGAACUCCACAAAAUCGAAUUCCGGCCCUUCCCCAGCCGAAUCUUUAUCACCAAUUUACAGCUGAAAUGGAUCACGGCCUGGUUAAGGACGAGACAUACGGAUCACCAUGACAGCAAGUCAUCCUUCAAUUAUGUGAGAGAUGUCAUCAAGGCUGACGCAAUAACCAACAAUCCUCCCGGGGCAAAGUAUGCAUUGACGGAGCUUCUGAAUAUGUGCUAUGAGAUGAAUGAGAGCGAGUAUUACAGCUUUGCCUGCACACUUGCUUCUGCCUUUUCCAACAGAGGCGAAAACACCGAGUUUGAAAAGAGCCUGUUAAUCCAUCCAACCCGAUUGGAUGCCAUCGAGGCGGAACUGGGCCACAAAAUCAAAUCGGACGAGGAAAUGGACAUUCUUGUGGCAGAGCAAGAGCGAUCAAGGAAACGACUUAUUCAGCUUCUGGACAUUGUCUUUUCCAAACUGAAACAAAAGAAGAUCUUGGUGGACGAAAAAAAGGACAACAUUUACCGACUGGUUCAUUGCAUGACCAAGUACACUGGUAGACGGUUGCCCUAUUUCUACACCAUCUUCUCCUUCUUUUUUCAGGUGUGCGCUGCUUCCUACGUGGCAUUGAGCUUGACCGACUUGGGUGGAAACCAGGAAGAAUCAAUGAUCCUACAGGACUGGGGUCCUUCGCUGGUAACGCAAAACAUUUUCCUUGCCGUCGGGACGGCUUGUUAUGGAUUUAUGGUGGCCUGUCCUGAAAUGUCGAGCACCCUGCAAAUGUUUCGAUAUCUACACCGACGGGAAUUCUCCUGGUUGUUCUUUUUGGAUUUCAUUGUGAACUUUGUGCUCCCCAUCACGAUGGCGUUUUGUGGUUUCUUGGUGGUUCUCCGAGCUGAUAACUUUCUGGAAGGCGUCUUGAAUGCGGUAGCUCUCAUAUUCAUUACCGAGAUCGAUGAUCAGCUUCCACGGUUGCUCGAGCUCGACACGAAAGACAUUGUGCAGGGAUUCCUCAUUGACCAGGCCAUGGAAGAAUACAAGUCGCAAGACCGAGACAAAGAAAUCCCAGCUAUCGAAUUCAGCGACAUGAUUAUCACGAACACCGCAGAAUCUGGGAGUAUUCCCACAAGUGGAAUUACUUUUCAGCCUUACGAAGUGUUUGAUGGUGACGAUGGUGAGAGGGAGGUUUCGGUUGAUUCACCUUCCACUCCAUUCUGUCCGAGCGGUGCAAUGUCAAGGAGUUCCACGUCUGAAAGGAGGCGACGCUCGUCCAUGUUCUCUGCAUCCCAGGUUGAACAAAGAGGACGAUCGAGUUUACUCUCUUCUCCAAGAGGAGGAGAAAGGCGCACCGGACAACAGGUUGCUAACAAACGACAAGUGAGUGCUCAUUGCCUGUUGAGAAAGAUCGAAUGGCAAUACACUGGAGACAAGGAGGGAUUAUUCGCUGGGUCAACUCGUCCCAGAAUUGGGCGUUUGAUCCUUCACAAGCUGAGAGGAGGCGACCCAAUCAGAAUUCUUGGAAAGCAAAGAGCGCCUCCUGAGGCCAGGAAAGAAUGGUAUACCAUCACCGGAGUAUACAUAAUCACAAGCUUCAGCAUGUCUGACGAUGUCACACGUCUACGGAUCUGUGGAUCACAAUCUACGGAGAGCUUUAUGGAAGCUUUCCGGUACUACAAUCUAUGGCCACUCGAAAGCAGCGCCAAAGAGCUUUUGAAGAAAACAGCCGGUUUCGUCCUCAGUGAAACCGACGAGAUGAAGAACGAUCGAGUGCUACAUGGCAAGCCACGUCCACGAAAGGAAAGUCCUGCUAGUAUACCAGUGCCGAAACAGAUUAGCACAUUUAAAGACCAAGUGGUGGAUUCGGCAACGGAUAGUGCAGAAGAGGAGGAGAUAUACGUGGCCCCCACUUUGAAGCGUAGCGCAACCAUGACUGGUCAACCAUGACUGACAUGUGGGAGUUCAGCUCAUCAGCAUACGGCAACCGGAGGGAUUUCACGGUAGCAGUAAUUGGUUAGUUGCACAGACCUGAAACUGCACUUGUUGUUGCAGGAGGAGGAGGAGUCGGAGGAGGGAGAACAAAUCCACCAUGCCACGGUACCGAAUGACCCACUCGGAUCUUCCGUGAUGCCAUCCCCACACAGAUCGCCUCGCUAUUGCUGCAUCCACAUCAUCACGCACCCAUCGUAUUGUUCCUUCUUGUGGAUUCACCGUAAUGUCGCCGUUCUCGCCAUUGGUCGCCCUGUCGGUCGACGGAUCUGGCAAUGGCACGAUCAUAGUUACCGGGAUUGGAUGCUUCUUCUUCUUUUACGAAGCGCAUGACGUUUGUGUGUAUCUUGGACCACCAAGACGCCCCAUAAUUUUUGUAUCCGGGCGUCCACACAUCCACGUCAAAGUUAUGAUGAAACAACCUCCAGAUCAACUUGGCACGACUGGAAUUAGGACCGAAAACAUACAAAAGGUAAUAGAAGUCACCAUUGGUACCCACGUACAAUCCGGACUGAAUUUUGGGCCGAAGGGGAUAAGCCUCGGACACAAUGCGUCGGCACAACUCGGGCGACAACAUUGAUGUCAUAAGGGAGAAAGUAUUAGAUUGGUGUUGAGGCUGGGCGCGGCCGCGACGGCAGAGUUCCCAACAAACUGUCACUGUAUAUCGGCAUUCUUCUAAAGGACCUCUCCUGCGGCUGUGCCCUUGGAGGUCCAAGUCCCAAUCAAACUGGUGGCGAGUCCACCGUUCGGUUUGACGAUCUGACGUUCGGCAGCGCUCUUCGAACUCCUGUCGCCGUCGUUGCAUCCAUGGCCUUUCUUUCUUUUGCCGUUCUGUUUUGUUUUCGUUUUCCAUGUCAGGGUGAUCAGCGUUCAAAAUGGCUGUUCGUAAAGGCAGUCCAGUUCUCAGGCUGGGAUAAAGAUGUGAUCAGCAGCACCCGUCAGCAAGGAAAGAUCGCAACCAUGACUGGUCAACCAUGACUGACAUGUGGGAGUUCAUCGACACGCGGGAUUUCCCGGCACUCCCGGCACUCCAACGAUUUGGCACUACUAGCUAGCUACUAGAAGUACAUGUAAUGCAUAUGACGAGGGUCCAUCACGUUGCGCCCAUGGGCACCAACAAUUAGUGUUGACUGUUGAAGCGCUGCUUGGCUUUGUGGAGCCACUGGUACCGCAGUUGGCCACACUUCUGCGUGUCGGCUUGCUUCAUACCGGUGCAUCCUGCUCCGGCCGAUACAUAACUACUACUAGACAGCAAGCAGAAUCUCGUCUCUGUUCUUUUGCCUGCCAUCGAGCCAUUGCACUUAGUUCGAAUAAUAAGACAAAAGGGAUCAAUACUGCAGGCAAAAGCGGCAGCAUUUGAACGAAAAACGCAAACACACUUUACUCCAAUGCAUGCACCCAGACCGACUUGCAAACUCCCGGCCGUUCGACCUU